AUGCAUGCUGCCAUCUGCUUUCUCAUUUUUGUGUUGCUAGCUCUCCUCCAAAUCAAAUAUCAAAACAAAGGAAUGUCCCCUUUUGAGGCACACGGUACCAUUAUAUUGCUUUUCAUUGUGUCCUCCUUUGUCUACUCGAUGGCUUUGCUUGCUUUCAUAGCUCUACUACUACGAGCCCACCAGCAGCAGUUGGAAGCACUUUGUUUCUUCACAGUUCUUAAGCACAUUUCUCUCGUUUCUGGAGCUCUUACUUGCGAUUUACUCCUCUUGAUACUCUGCCCUGCCUUUGGAUACUUUGUGUUGAUCUUUUGUGGAGUUGUCAUACUUGUGAGGGCACUCCUUGGAUCCUACCAGCAAAUUCUUGGUCGGUUGCUAGAUGUUGCAGCCACCGCAGUUUCUUCAUCAAUGACCAAUGUUUCUACAAAUCUCAACUCGACUAAUCAAGGAGGUGGAGAUCACACUACAACUCAAAUUGUUAGUGUGUAA